AUGGAAGACAUAUUACGGAUACAUCUCGAGACCGACCAACUUGUAAUGUAUGGCUCUGCUGAGAACUCUGCUGGUUGUGUGUUGCGUGGCGUCGUUUCCCUUGAUUUAAAUCAGACAACACGGGUCCGCGGAAUUACUUUACGCUUUGUUGGCAAAAUAACAAAACGACACUCUUUUCGGCUUGGGAAUGGACAAGAACGCGUCCACGAAGAAGCAAAUAACAUCCUUUGCCGUACUUUAUCUUUCCUGCCGACCCCAAAACAGCUUCCUGCAUCCAAUUAUACAUACGAUUUCGAAUUUCCGCUACCAGGUCAUUUGCCAGAAUCGACUCGUGUUGGCAAUGUAUACGUUGUGCAGUAUACCUUGGAAGCUGUUGUUCAGCGUCCCAUGCUCUUUUUAAAGAACUAUACCGCAUGCAGAGCCAUUCAUCUAUCACGACGACCUGAAGAAGAUGAAAUGAUGUUAUUGAUCCCUGAUGAUUUCUACUUGACAAUGGACCAGCAUCCUGUAGCAGUAGCUGACCAAUGGAUCAACAAGGUCGUUUAUAGCUUUUCAAUACCAAGCAAAUCUGCUCAGCAGGGUUCACAGAUUGAAGUGUCAGGGCACAUUCAUUUACGCACCGACACGUUACAAAUACGCUACUUGGCAUGUUACUUUAAGGAAUACAUGUCAUGUCGACAAGAUACUAGAACUCUACGAAGCAACAAACCUCGCACCCACAGCCGUCUCAUUCAUUAUGCCCAAGUAAAGAAUAGCUACGACCAAUUUGUGAUCCAAAUCCCUAUCCCAGUAUCACCCGAGGAUUGUCAAAUAGAUUGCCUCAAUGACGCUGUAAAGAUAAGGCAUCGACUAAAAUUUGCAAUCAGCGUCAUGAGCCAAGAUGGCCAUGUAUCCGAGUUGCGUGUUAUGCUCCCCAUCAAAAUAGUACCAGGCGUCCCUGCCCAUCACGAUUACUUGCCAGCAUACGAUGAUCAGCAUUCUUCAUUACCUUAUGAUCCAGCUGUGAUGGCAGCCUUGCUACAACAACACCAUCAUCAGCAACAACAACAACAACAAUCAUCCACCACCACCGCCACCAGCAGAUCACUCACAUCUCGAUCAUGUGCACCGUCAAGGGAAUUACCUCCCUUUCCACGUCUUCCAUCUUAUGAUGAAAUCCUUACUCGGUGA